UGAGGAUGAUCGUGAUCCCGAAUGUGGGGACGAGUUCCCCGGCGAGGAUCAGGAGACUUUGGGUGAAAAGGAUUCAGUGGGGUCUUCUCUUGGGGCUGAUGGUCGUCAUCUAUGGCUCUCACGCGCCACUCAUCGCUCUCACCAAAGUAGACGGUCGAGUUCCUUUCAAUCCCUCGUCGUGUGUCGUCAUGAUUGAGUUGGCUAAACUCCUCAUCUCGCUGGCGACUCUUGUUCUUACCGGGGGCACCUCCGCCUUACGUGCUCCUCCUCAUCUCGUCCUCGUGGCUCCCUAUGCAGUCCCCGCCAUAUUGUACGCCCUCAACAACAACCUGAUAGUCGUCAUGCAGGCCUACAUGGACCCAAGCUCAUACCAAGUUCUCUCUAAUCUUAAAAUUGCCUCCACUGCUCUGCUCUACUCAGUCUGCCUGGGUAAGAGGCUCCGGGCUGCUCAGUGGUUAGCCCUGGGGCUCCUCAUGGGGGCCGGGGUGUGUCACAGCUACAGCAGCUUGGAUACAGGGGACCCUGAGAGGGCUGAGGAAGGUCCCCGGCUUCAUAUCACAGCUUGGGGGCUUUUCCUUGUGCUGGUGUACUGCUGCGUUUCGGGGCUGGCAGCGGUUUACACAGAGCGGGUGCUGAAGAGCCAGAAGCUGCCCCUCAGCCUGCAGAAUCUCUACCUCUAUGUAUUUGGUGUGGCCAUCAACGGGCUGUCCUCCCUCUCGUCUGUAGCGAGUGAUAAGAGCUUUCUGGAGGGAUACUCGGGGGCAGUUUGGCUCAUUAUAGCAGGGCAGGCAGCUAACGGACUGCUGAUGUCUGUGGUGCUCAAGCAUGGCAGCGGGAUCACUAGGCUGUUUGUCAUUUCCUGCUCCAUGCUGGUUAAUGCCCUGUUGUCUUGGGCGACCUUAGGACUGCAGCUCACUCCUCUUUUCCUCCUGCCUGUUUCUAUGGUUGCACUGGCAGCUUACCUUUACUACAUGUAGAUGAGACCGCACCUCGAGGGCCGUUCAGCCCAAAAAACAACUCAUCAGUCUACAUUUCUUUUUUUCCCUUCUGUCUCUGCCUUCUGAGUCUUGGACUGAACUGGAGUAAAGAAUCCAACACAUGAGAAUUUGCAUCAUAUUUUAGAGUUUAAUUUAUAAUUCUGUUGAACUCAAUGCAAGUAAAGAUCAUGUUCUCUUCAGUAAAACGUUUCUGAAGAGUGCUGCUAUUGUCAUGUUUUUUCUGGUUUGUGUUGCAUUCUCUUCCAAGACUAACAUCAAAGAUGACGUGUUACACGGUGUAUAAUAAAUGUUUCUGAAACAGG